AUGCAGGCAGAUGAAUGCAUACUGUUCUUUGCCAUUCUGGCCCCUCCUACAUUCUCCCCUGCAUCUGCAAGCCAACCGCCUGAGCCCGCCAUACACCUUAUCAAGAUGAGCAAUCUGUCACCCAUGCCACUGACCGAUCAGAUAGCAGGAGUCUUGGAGCUCAUGUUCCGCCGAAAGCUCCAUCUGGCCACUCAUGCAGCCCAUUCUGCGCCAUCUAUAGAAGUGCCUCCAUCCAUGCCAUCCGCCCUCCUAUUGGAGUGCAAUGGCAUUGCAGAUGCUCUUGUGAAGGCCAUCCGUAAUCCUGUAAGGCUGCAGUGGGACAUUAAUAGAUAUUGCGACAGCCUUUCGAUUCAGCCCACGGGGCAGAAUGAAGUCCUCGAGGCAGAACUGGAACGGAAGUGGCCUCCUCCAUUUGGUGAGAGCGAAAUACACAUAGACCAGCCCGCCACCCUCGUGGACAUGCACGGACGCAUCUUGGCUUGGAUACUUCCAAAAGUGUUGAUACCAGACCGCCAGACGAAGAUGCUCCAAGCGACCAGGGCCCUACACCCAGCAAUAGCAGCCAGUAAGCCUUCCAGCACCACCGCCAGUUGGCGACACAACCCGUUGUACUUCUUGCCUCCUGAGGAGUGUGUCCAAUUCCCAGCGGGCUCCUUGUGUCUCUUGCCAGGUUGGUUCCAACAAGUAAGAGAGCAUAUGGAGUCUGGGAGGCUGGAGACCUCCACCAGCCUGAAGCUUGAGGGCGGAAGAAGUUGGCUGCGUGAUAUUCAUGACUCCUCCGCAUUGCUGGGCACCAUCCUGGCCGUCGUUCACCCAACACUAUAUGCCGCAGGACGCCAGUGCUUGGGUUUGAUCCAGCAAGACCCAGAAUUGUGA